AUGCGUGUGAAUUCCCUUGUGUAUGCCCUCUCUUCAUUAAUGGUAUUCCAUUUAAACCUCUUUUACAAAGGAAAAAGGGUUAACUACGUUUCCGCUUAUAUUAGUUCCCUACAUAACUACAGCAAUCACAACAGUAGUGGAAGAAACGGAAGCAAUAACGGUGAUCAGAACAAUAACAACCCUAAUCAGAAAGGGAAAAACAAAAUAGAUACAAACGGAACCUCAAACAAAAUUGGAAAAUCGUACUUAAACAAAAAGUUCUUUCAGAUUUAUCAACAAAAAAACGUAAGAGGAAAUAGCACUUCGGAAAACCAUAACAAGGUAAACGAACAAGACACAGAAAAGGAGGAUCAAAAGCAAAGUGAUAGGAAGAAGGAAGAGGAAAAACAUAUAAGGAGUGAAAACAUUGAGAAUAAAAACGUUCAACAGAACAACCAAGUAAAUAAAAACGAAAGAAACGAGGAUAUAAAAAUGAAGGAGGAUAUCAAAGAGAGACUCCAAAAAGUUAAGAAAGUUAUGGAAGAAAACAAUAUAGAUGUGUAUAUACUAAUAAAUAGCGAUGAACACAAUUCAGAAAUUAUAAAUGAUAAAGAUAAAAAAAUAUAUUAUUUAAGUAAUUAUAGUGGAGCAGAUGGUAUAUUAAUACUUACAAAAGAUAAACAAAUAAUUUAUGUCAAUGCUUUAUAUGAAUUACAAGCAAAUAAGGAAUUAAAUCAUGAUAUAUUUACUCUUAAUAUUAGCAGAAUCGAUAACCCGAAUGAAAUAUAUGAUACUAUUGCAUCCCUUGAAUUUAACAACAUUGCUUUGGAUGGCAAAAAUACCAGUGUUGCAUUUUAUGAAAAAUUAAAAAAUAAGAUCGAAUCUACUUACCAAAAUAAAAAAGUUGAAGAAAAAGUAAUUUACGAAAAUAAUAUCAAUGAAAUUGUGAAAAAUGAAAAUAUAAAUUUUUUAAUUUUAGAAAAAUCUUUAGUAAAUAUAGAUAAUUAUCCAGUAAAUGAUAAAAAGGUAUUUAUACACGAUAGGUAUUAUAACGGUGCAUGUGCAGGGGAAAAAAUUGAAAAAUUAAGACAAACUUACGCCUUCGAUAUUAAAAAUGUAGAUAAAUUACUCCUUUCAGAAUUAGAUGAAAUAGCAUAUAUUUUAAAUUUACGAGGUUAUGAUUAUACUUUUUCGCCACUUUUUUAUGCCUAUCUGUACUUGGAAUUUGAUAGAGAAAACUAUGAUUUUAGUAAAAUGAUUUUAUUCACCGUGUCCAAGAAUUUAUCCGAGAGUUCCAUCAGACAUCUCAAUACUAUUCAUGUAGAAGUAAGGGAGUAUGAAACGGUGGUUGAAUAUUUAAGAGAUAACGUUUCAUCCAAAACGAUGGUAAACAAGAAAAAUAAUAAACAAGAAGAUGCUCUUUUAACAAAUUAUUCUUCGAACCCUAAACAGCAGGGAAUUUUAAAAGAAUCAGAUACACAGAAGAAAUACGAAAUAUCAAUGAGCCCAUAUAUUAACUUAAUCAUAUACAUGUUAUUCGAUAAGGACAAAAUAUUAUUACAGAAAUCUCCAGUUCUUUAUAUGAAAGCUGAAAAAAAUGAUGUCGAAAUUGAUAAUAUGAAAGAAGCACAUGUGUUAGAUGCUUUGGCACUUUUACAAUUCUUCCACUGGUGUGAAGAAAAGAAAAAAACGAAAGAGUUAUUUAACGAAACAGAAAUUUCUUUAAAAAAUAAAAUAGAUUAUUUUAGAUCAACCAAACCUAAAUUUAUAUUCCCAUCUUUCGCAACCAUAUCAGCAAGUGGACCCAAUGCUGCAGUUAUUCACUACGAGUGCACAGAAGCUACGAAUACGAAAAUAGCACCAAGUAUAUAUCUCCUUGAUUCGGGGGGACAAUACCUACAUGGAACAACAGAUGUAACUAGAACAACGCAUUUUGGAGAACCCACAGCAGAAGAAAAAAAAAUUUAUACUCUAGUUUUAAAAGGGCAUUUACAUCUAAGAAAAGUUAUUUUUGCUAGCUAUACCAACUCCAUGGCAUUAGAUUUUAUAGCACGUGAAAAUUUAUUUAAACAUUUUCUCGAUUAUAAUCAUGGAACUGGUCAUGGUGUAGGUCUCUUUUUAAAUGUUCAUGAAGGUGGUUGUUCAAUUUCACCAAUCUCUGGCACGCCGUUGAAACCAUUUAUGGUACUUUCUAACGAACCUGGAUAUUAUUUGAAAGAUAAAUUUGGUGUUAGAAUUGAAAAUAUGCAGUAUGUGAUUGAAAAAAAAAAAACAGAAAAUACGAAAUUUUAUUCAUUCCAGGAUCUAACUCUCUACCCAUAUGAAAAAAAAUUAAUGGAUUUUUCUCUACUAACAGUUGAUGAUAUUAAAGACAUCAAUGAAUAUCAUGAUACCAUCAGAAAAACUCUUCUUCCAAGGUUAAAAGAAAACCCCUCAGAGUAUGACGAAGGUAUAGUGAACUACUUGAUGGACAUUACCGAGCCGAUUGCAUUCAAUUAG